AUGACACCCUCGGCAACGGGGAUGAAUGGGACUGCGCUGGCUUUGACCCUGUAUGCCUCGGAAUCCACUUCGUCCGCAGGCAUCGUUGCCAAACGAGGGAAAGCCGACAGUGACCUCGAAGUCGAGAGUUCGAUAAUCGACACCACCGACCAUCGUCCAUUCAUCUCUGCGAUGGCGACGCCUCCGGUCACUUAUCUGCCUGCAAAAGAUUAUGUGUUGCCAACGCUCGACCUUUUGACAUUACUCUUUGAAUCACCGUGGUGCUUGGGGGACGAUGCCGCGGUGCUACAUGUCGAGGCCGCCCAUCCCAGCAACUCGGUCACCAAGGCGCAGACACGGACGUGGACGAAGCGAAUCGCGCACAUCCUGCGAUCUCAGUAUGGCAUAGGUGCUCGGGGACGAGGCAAAGACGUUGUCCUCUGUGUCUCCACCGGUCAGGUCCUCCUGCCGGCGCUAUUCUACGGGACGAUCGCCGCCGGGGGCAUCUACAGCUCAGCAAGCCCGAGUUAUAGUUCUAUCGAGCUCGCACGGCAGCUCAAGCACGGCAACGCCCAACUGGUCGUCACGAGUAGUGACUGUCUCGAAGUCACCGUCAAGGCUUGUUUAGAGGUUGGCAUAGGACGGGACAGAAUCCUGGUCUUGGAAAGCAAGGCGGGCGCAAGGACACUCCACGACGCCACGGGCCAGGGGCCCAACUUGCUCGGAGGAAACGAGAACCCCAACCAGAUGCUGGAGUGGGAACGUAUUACCGAUGAGAAAGAACUGGAGGAAAGCAUCAUCUGCUUGCUCUACAGCAGCGGGACCACCGGCGUGCCAAAAGGCGUCAAAGUGUCGCACACCAACCUCGUCUCCGAGGGUCUUCUCUUGGGCCUCCCGAUCCGGGAGUACGCGAAGAGGCGGAAGCUGAAAGAUCCCUCGUUCAAUUUCGCCUACCGCACGCUUGCGCACCUACCGACUGCACAUGUGGCCGGGUGUUUGGGGUAUUUUGUCAACCCCAUCGUAUCCGGUGGCACGGUGUACUGGAUGCAGAGAUUCGACUUUGCCGGCUUUUUAGAGUACAACAGACAGUUCCGCACCACGGCUUUGUUCACGGUGCCACCGAUCUAUCUGAUGAUCGCCAAAAGUCCCGAAGUCACCGACCACUUCAAGACGCUGUUGCACGCCGUAUCUGGUGCUGCGCCAAUGGGGGCCGAACUCUCGCGACAGGCGCAGCAAAAGCUCGGAUGCCAUCUCUCGCAAACCUGGGGUCUCUCGGAGUCGAUGGGUUCCGUCACAUCCAUGCCGUGGGACGAAGUCGACGACACUGGGAGUAUUUCGCCGUUGAUGUCGAACGUCAGGGUCCGCAUAGUCGAUGACGACGAACAGGACGUGGAGGAAGGGCAACCGGGCGAAAUCAUCUUUCAAGGUCCCAUGGUCACUCGAGGUUACUGGCACAGUGAUCAAGAAACCAACGCUGCUUUCACGCGCGAUAGCCGGUGGUUCAAGACCGGCGAUAUUGGAGUGAGGAGCGACAAGAAGUUCUACGUCGUGGACCGCAAGAAGGAACUCAUCAAGUACAAGGGUCUUCAAGUGGCCCCCGCCGAGCUCGAAGCCUUGCUACUUUCUCACCCACUGAUUGCCGAUGCCGCCGUCAUCGGCGUACCAGCAUUGGAUGGGAGCGGCAAUGAGUUGCCUCGAGCCUUCGUGGUUGCCGAUGAGACGAGAAUCUCGGCCGCCCAGAUCGCCGAUCUGGUCAAGAACAAGUUGGCCAAGCACAAGCAGCUCAGAGGUGGUGUCGUCUUUGUGUCUAGCAUCCCCAAGAGUGCCAGCGGCAAGAUCCUGAGGCGGGAGCUGAGAGCGCAGGCAAAGAGUGACGGCACGGGAAGGACGAAGCUCUAG